GCAAGUGAGACUUGCCGUCCAUUCCAUUCUGUCGCGGUUCUUCUCAGCGGCGGCGGCGGCGAGGCCUCUGCGAGACUUCCAGAUCUCCCCCGACGGGGUGGAAGUGGAAGUCUCCGAAGCGGAGCGGAUCGGCGUAGGGGAGGGGAGAUGUCGUACAUGCGGGGUGACCUGCUGACGAAGAUGCGGAAGAUGGUCAAGGGCCUCGCCAGGCCCGAGCCCAGGUGGCUCAAGGCCAUGGAAGAGGCACCGCCAGUGACAUUUCCUCGCCCAGAGGGGAGGAUCAAGCAGAUCGAGUUUCCUGAGGAUGUGUAUGUUAGGAAGUUCAACAAAAAACAUCCAGAUUCGCUCUACCAUGAUGCAAUCAAGAUAAGUGGAUUUGAUCCACCACCAGCUCGAGUUUUUGCUUGGCGUGUUCUGGAGCUGAAAGAGCAAGGAGUCAGUGAAGAUGAUGCGAUGGCUGUAGCAGAUAUGGAGUAUCGGACACAGAAGAAAGCAAAGAAGAAAGCAUACAAGGAACUGAAAGAAAUCGCCCGCAGUGAAGGAAAGAAGCCACCUCCAAAUCCAUACCCAAGUGCCAUAAAAGAAAUACAAGCAGAGGAAAAGAAAUAUGUUAUGGAUCGUUUAUUUAACCGGAAGGUAAUUGAGAUUGCGAACAAGAUGAAAGAGGAGAGAGACAAGUUGCGUCAAGAGAGAGCAGCAGGUCAAUGGUAGUAGCAGGUAUUAUUUGGACUGGUUGACUAUGUAUGUUUAUGAUACUGGUCAACUGUCAUCAUAAUAAUUGUUGCUUAUUUGAAAUUGAUAUGGCAAACAUGAAACUCAUGUGUUUUAUUCGUAUCUUUGCGAUUGUAGAUGGCCUCUGAAAUGCAGUAUUUGUCGAUACUCCAUACUA